AUGGAGUACGGCAUGCGCGGUACAAGGGAAGGCAACGAUAGUGAUCCCAGAGGGAGCAUACCUGCUCGGUCCAACAAUCUUCAAAGGGCCAUGCAAAGGCAUAAUGGUGAUGCAAGUGGUGGAAGAUUCAACGGACAAGGAGCUUCUGCAUGGCCUUACAACCAAUGCAAAAAGACAAAUGAUUGCAAACCCUUACCCAUGUGCUCUCAAGAUAGCCCCAACACUGAUGGCAUUCACAUCGCCGACUCGACCAAUAUCCAGGUUGCCAAUUCAGUCAUCGGCACCGGUGAUGACUGCAUCUCCAUCGGCCCGGGCUGCACCAAUUUGACCAUCUUUAAGGUGUUAUGCGGCCCAGGCCAUGGCAUUAGCGUCGGUAGUCUCGGCAAAAAUGCUGGUGAGAAAGAUGUAAUCGGGCUGAACGUGAGUAAUUGCAAUCUUACCGGUACAACAAAUGGAUUGAGGAUCAAGACAUUGCAAUCUUCUCCAUCUAGGUUGAAGGCCACUGAUUUCGUCUUUGAACACAUUAUCAUGAAUAAUGUCUAUAACCCCAUCAUCAUAAAUCAGAAUUAUUGCCCAUCUGCUAACUGUCCCAAAAAGGAUCCUUCUCUAGUUAAGAUCAAGAAUAUCAAGUACAGAAAUAUCGUGGGGACCUUUCUCUCGCCAAUAGCUUGUAAUCUAGUGUGCAGCGAGGUUGCUCCAUGUGAGGGCGUGGAGCUCAGUGACAUCAGCUUGAAGUACAACGGCAAUGAAAAGCAACCCAAAAAUGCUUCUAUUUGUGUUCAUGUCUAUGGUAGCUCCAAUGGCAAUGUGAAACCUGACCCGUGCAUCUGA